AUGAAAACAUCAACCAUUGCUACCGCCACGGUGGCCUUCGCCGGCCUUGCUAUCGCCAAGACAGACUGUGAUGGCUGCACCCCCUUCACCACCGUGACCACGGCGCGUGACUACACCUAUGUCACUCUCAUCUACUAUGACCCUGACUCCCUCGAGGUUUGCGAGCUGGUCGAUUGCGGAGGGGACCCGCUUAAGCCAGCAGCUUCUACGACCGUGGCUUCGAAGACGUCAUUGGUAAAGAUUCCCGACGUCUCAACAGCUACGACCUCCACCUUUGAGGAUGCCGAGACAGCAUCUGCUGAGUUGUCAGCCGCCAAGAAGACGCCUUCUGUUGCUUUCGAGAUCAAUGGCUCUACGAGUACAGCUGUGACAACAUCCUCCUCAUCCCGAACGCCGGCUGGCGUUGAUAAGACUACGGCUAGCAAGCCGACUGUUACACCCGGCUCUGCUGCCCCUGCGGGUGUUGCCGUGGCAUUCAACGUGGUUGCUGGCAUUGCUGUCGGCGUCGUUCUCGGGAUGGUGUAG